ACUCUAGUAGGGAGUAAGGAGUUAAAUAAAUAAAGGAGUUCAACAGGCUGCCGGCAAAAAAUCUUCCAGAUCUGUCCGGUUGGUCGGUUCUACAACGCCGUUAGCGCAAUAAACGCUUUUUCAUCUUCGCAGAAUCUGCCAAAUUCAAUAUGCCUUCAUACAAGCUGAUUUACUUCCCCAUCACGGCAUUGGCCGAGCCAAUUCGCUUCCUGUUCAACUAUGCUGGCAUCGAGUUUGAGGAUGAACGUUUUGAUAGAAAUGAUUGGCCAAAACUUAAGCCGACUAUGCCAUUCGGUAAAGUACCUGUACUCGAAGUAGAUGGAAAGAAAAUCGAUCAGUCCACAGCUAUCUCCCGUUAUUUGGCGAAGCAAUGUGGUCUUGCCGGCAAGAACGAUUGGGAAUCUUUGGAAAUAGAUUCUACUGUCGACACUAUCCAUGAUGUACGCGCCAGUAUCGCUAGUUUUCACUAUGAGAGCAAUGAAACAGCUAAAAAUGAGAAACUUAAAGCUAGCAAGGAGUUAGUGCCAUAUUAUUUGGAGCGUUUAGACGCACAGGUGAAGAAGAAUGGUGGUUACUUUGUCGGUGGUUCUUUGACAUGGGCUGAUUUAGUUUUCGUCGGUCUUUUGGAUUAUUUGAAUUUCAUGAUGAAGGAGGACAUCGUUGAGAAGUAUGAGAAUCUGAAACAACUCCAAAAGACAGUAGAGGAAGUACCGGCUAUCAAAAACUGGAUCGAGAAGCGUCCGCCAGCGAUCUUUUCACCGAAUUAAUUCGGUUGAUUUCAUACAUGAUUUCAUAAAAUGAUAAUUUUCUGACAGAGAUUUAUCGUCAUUGAUGAUUGAUAAAUUAUCGAUUUUUCUUUUUUUUCAAACGCGUUUAUAUCUAUCGAAAAGCAUAUAUAUGAUUGAUUUAUGAACUAGGA